AUGGCCCGCACUAAACAAACCGCCCGCAAGUCCACCGGUGGAAAAGCCCCCCGCAAACAGCUCGCAGCCAAGUCGGCCCGCAAGUCCGCCCCGACAGCCGGCGGCGUCAAGAAGCCCCACCGAUACCGCCCCGGAACAGUCGCCCUCCGCGAAAUCCGUCGGUACCAAAAAUCCACCGAGCUGCUUAUCCGCAAACUCCCAUUCCAGCGCCUUGUCCGUGAGAUUGCGCAAGACUUCAAGACCGACCUGCGCUUCCAGUCCUCGGCCGUCAUGGCCCUCCAGGAAUCUGCCGAGGCGUACCUUGUCGGCCUCUUCGAGGACACCAACUUGGCCGCCAUCCAUGCGAAGCGUGUCACCAUUCAGCCCAAGGACAUCCAGCUCGCCCGGCGACUAAGAGGGGAACGAUCGUAG